AAAAAUAAAAUAAAAAACAUAUCCAAUUCGAAAAAACUCAUAUAGUACUCAAAAAAUAUUAUGGUUCAACUAGUUAUUUAAUUAUUUAUUAUGACACCUGGUACAUUUUUUAUAAGUAUUUGUCUACAAUAGUUUAUUAUUCAUCAAUAUAAAUAUAUAUAUGCUAUAUUUUAUAAUGUAUUUUAGUAUCUUAAUUGUCUACUCUUCAAAAACUUAUAGAACGAAUGAAAUUAUAUAUUUUCAUAUUUCAUUUACAUUGUCAAAUAUUGAAUAACAACAAAAAGAUUCAUGUCAUAUCUAAAUAAGAGCAUGAUUAACUCAGUCUCUUAUUUGAGAUUCUUAAUUUAUGAUUUGACAUUUUUUUUACAUUUUUCGGUUAAUAGAUGUCUCUUAUAUUUUUUAUUUAAGAUAUGAUUUUUAGAUUUUCUUAGUUAAAAACUAAAAAGUGUCUCUUAACUGAAGCUAAAACUCCAGUUAAAAGACCGGAUUAAUCAUGGCCUAAGGAUUCAAUGGAGUGAAAAAAAGAAAAAUAGGGAAUUAAAAGCUGAAAAUAAGAAAGAGAGAGGGGCAUAAUGUGGCCAAAAAGGUACAGAGGGAGCCACCAAUGAUAGAUGAAGUUUUUGCAAUUUCUUUUGUCUCAUACUUAAUUAUUUUUCUCUCUUCCUUCUCUUCACACUUCUCCUUAUAAAUUCCUCUUCUCCUUCUUCAUUUCCUCCUCAUCAUUCACACACACACACACACACUGUCUCUCUUUCUCUCUGUCUUUCUCCAUAUCUCCUCUCGUUUUCAACACUUGUGAGAAAUAUGACGAACCAGAAUGUCAUCGUCUCCGACAGAAAUCCCAUCUUGGGUUCAAAAACCAUCACAGUCUCUGUCUCUAACUCUCCCCUGUUCUCUUCACCUCCCACUUACUUUACCUUCCCUCGUCGAAAGUUCUUGGAACUUCUUGAAGCAGCUGACAAAAACAACAACAACAAGAACAAUCUUGGUGCUGGAAAGAUUUCAUCGUGGGUUGAUUCCAUGCGUGAUUCUUCUCCUACACGUCUCAGAUCCUCUUCUCGUGACUCUGACUCAGACAACGACGAAAAAACAUCUUGGAUCGUUAGAUUUCCAUCAGCUUUGAAUAUGUUUGAUAAGAUUAUGAAUGCUGCAAAAGGGAAACAAAUUGUGAUGUUUCUUGAUUACGAUGGGACGCUUUCUCCUAUAGUUGAAGAUCCCGACAAAGCUUACAUAACACAUGAGAUGCGAGAGGUUGUAAAGGAUGUGGCUCUAAACUUCCCUACUGCUAUAGUCACUGGACGAUCCAUUGAUAAGGUUCGUGCUUUUGUCAAACUCAACGAGAUUUACUACGCUGGAAGCCAUGGCAUGGACAUUGAAGGACCUACCAACGAAAAUAGUUACGGCGAGAGUAAUCAGGGAGUGCUGUUUCAACCUGCUCGUGAGUUUGUACCAAUGAUCGAGAAGGUGGUUAAGAUUUUAGAAGAAAAGACAAAAUGUAUCCCUGGGGCUAUGGUGGAGAACAACAAGUUUUGUCUGUCCGUACAUUUUCGACGUGUUGAUGAGAAAAUAUGGGCCGCAUUAGCCGAACAAGUGAAAUCAGUUCUAGUUGAUUAUCCAAAGCUGAAACUAACCCAAGGUAGAAAGGUGCUUGAAAUCCGCCCCACAAUCAAAUGGGACAAGGGCCAGGCCCUCAAUUUUUUGCUAAGAUCAUUAGGAUUCGAACAUUCGGAAAAUGUUGUUCCGGUGUAUAUUGGAGAUGACCGUACCGACGAAGAUGCGUUUAAGGUUUUACGUGAAAAGGGACAAGGUUUUGGGAUUCUUGUCUCAAAAGUUCCAAAGGAAACCAAUGCCUCUUAUUCUCUUCAAGACCCUUCUCAGGUUAAUGAGUUUCUGAAGCGUUUGGUAGACUGGAAGAGGAAGACAGUUGGGGAAGAGUGAAACAAAAUACCACAUUAAUACCUGAGUUUAUUUCUAAAUUUUGAGGAGAAUAUUUAUAUUGUCAACCUUUUAAGAAAACUAGUAGAUGCUUAGAGGGUGUUUCGGCCAGAAGUAUCUUAACUUUUCUACAUGGAUCCAGAAAUUGUAAAUUUCGUGUAACGAUUCAGAAAAGGGAGAAAAUGUAUUAAUACAUUCUCCGACGUUUAUCUUCAUUUCCAACUUCUUGUGCCUCGUCAUAACUUAAUACUUUUUUUCUACCGUUCACUGUUUAAUCAGUGAAUAUGGGAUGAUGUUGUCGAUA